UAUGGGAAAGUGUGGGGGUUGUACGAUGGUCCACUGCCUGUGUUGGCUAUCAUGGAUCCUGACACGAUCAAAACAGUGUUAGUGAAAGAAUUUUCUUCCAUUUUCACAAACUAGUGGCCUUUAGGUCCUGUGGGAUUUAUGAAAAGUGCCAUCUCUAUAUCUGAGGAUGAAGAAUGGAAGAGAAUACGAUCAUCGCUGUCUCCAGCUUUCACUAGUAGAAAGCUGAAGGAGAUGUUCCUCAUAAUUGCCCGGUAUGGAGAAGUGUUGGUGAACAACCUAGGGAGGGAAGCAGACAAAGGCAAGCCAGUCACCAUGAAGGACAUCUUUGCGGCCUACAGCAUGGAUGUGAUUAUUGGAACAUCAUAUGGAGUGAACAUUGAUUCCCUCAACAACCUACAAGAUCCCUUUGUGAAAAAUAUCAAGAAGCUCUUAAAAUUGGAUUUCCUCACUCCAUUUUUUCUCUUGAUCAUAUUCCUUCCAUUUCUUACUCCAAUUUGUGAGGCAUUAAACAUCUCUUGCUUUCCAAAAGAUGCUACAAAUUUUUUUAAACAAGCCAUAGAAAGGAUAAAAGAAAGUCGCCUCAAUGAUAAACAAAAGCACCGAGUAGAUUUCCUUCAGCUGCUGAUUGACACCCAGAAUUCCAAAGAAACAGAAUCUUGUAAAGUUCUGUCUGAUCUGGAGGUCAUGGCCCAAUCAAUUAUCAUUAUUUUGGGUGCCUAUGAGACCACUACCAUUGCUUUUUCCUUCAUUAUAUAUGAACUAACCACUCACCCUGAUGUCCAGAAGAAACUACAAGAGGAGAUUGAUGCACUUUUUCCCAAUAAGGUACGUGCCAUCUACAAUGCCCUAGGACAGAUGGAAUACCUUGACACGGUGGUGAAUGAAGCUUUCAGGUUGCACCCAGUUGCAGUCAGAGUUGAGAGGGUCUGUAAGAAAGAUAUUGAAAUCAAUGGAGUGUUCAUUCCCAAAGGGGUAGUGGUGAUGUUGCCAAUCUAUGCUCUUCAUCGAGUCCCACAGUACUGGACAGAGCCUGAGGAGUUCCGCCUUGAAAGUAGAUUCAGUAAGAAGAACAAGGAGAACAUAGAUACUUACAUAUAUCUGCCCUUUGGAACUGGACCCAGAAAUUGCAUUGGCAUGAAGUUUGCUCUCAUGAAUAUAAAACAUACCCUUGUGAGAUUACUACAGAACUUCUUCAAAACUUGUCAAGAAACACAAUAUCCCCUGAAAUUAAGCAAGCAAGAAGUACUUCUUCGACCAGAAAAACCCAUUGUUCUAAAGGUUGAGUUGAGAAAUGAGACUGUAAUUUGUUUCUCCCAUUUUGGUGUUGUUACCUUGAAUCACCAGCAGGUGGUCCUAUCUCAGCUACUCGCCCCAGAGGGGUUGGGGCUGGACAGGAACCAGGCGGUGGCUGGAGAUGGAAACUUGCCUCAGGGCACACGGGAGGAGACCCACGGCAGGCAGGACAUCAUGGUCCAAGAGAGGUGGCAGCUAUCCCAGCAGAUCUUGCCUGCAGGGGCUUCAAGGACUGAAGUCGUGGAUCGCCUCAGGCACGGGUGGCAUGAUGUGCUAUGGCCACCAUGGAAGUCACGGCGGCAGCGCCAGCUGCCUCUGUGUCUGCGCUGCAGUGGCUGUCCAGACCGCUGCGAUGCCCCAGCGCUGGCAACAGCCGAGCUCUGUGUGAAGAGUAAGCUGCAAUGUUUGGGUCCGCAGCCCCCAGGAAGAUAG